AGUUAACGGCGGAGGCGGCAAAUCUGUGCGCGAGUUCUUCAAAGAACGACGGCUCCUGGAGGCGAGUGGCGCGCCUGUGCCCCCGAUCGACAACCAUUACCGUCAAGCCAAAGGCUACUCCUCCCCAGGAGGCUGGUCAAGCAGAACCGGCAGCGGGAACAGCAUGAAGAAGGCGAGCGCCGGCCGAGACCGCUCCCAGCCCCUGGCGCCCAUCCGGAGACCCAUGGACACGCACGAGAUGAUGAUGACCAACAACAACAGCAAUGUGGCCGGGGGCAUGAGGUCGGGGAUCCCCCAACGCCAGCCGCAGGUUACCUCCAACGGUCAACACGCGGGCGGUCCGCGGAACGGCGUGCAGGACGAGAACGUUUUCAACGGGAGGCCGAAGCUGGUGAAACACAAGCCUUUGCCUCCCACCAACGGGAACCAUCAACAGCACCAGCAGGAGGACUACCACAACAAUGAUGGCGAUGCCGCGCCGGCCAGGCCCCCACAGCAGCCGUCCAACUUGCCAAAAUUCAGCCCCCAGCACCGGAAACCAGCACCGCCGGGAUACCAGCAGAGGGCGCUGCAACAACGACAACAACAACAACAUCAGCAACAUCAGCAGCAUUGGUUUGCUUUGGUGGUUGCCCUAGUACUCAGAAGUGCAAAUUCAUUAUCUUACAUUGAUGCUUUUAUUGAAAUAGCAAUUGGCCCUCGAGAAAAAAUUAUUAAAGUCUUCACUUUUUUUCUGUUGCAGGAAGCGAAAGAAAGGGAGCGUCAGAAAAAGCGAGAAGCGGUAGAGAGAGCGAGGCAGAAAAAGCUUGACGACGAAAGACGAAAAGAGGAAGAACGACAAAGAAAACAAGAGGCCGAGGAAGAAAAGCAGGAACGACUGAGGUUGGAAAAGCAGCGGAAGGAAGACGAGAAGAGGAGAAAGGAGGAAGACAAGCGGCGGAAAGAGGAGGAGAGACUCACCGCGAGGCGACAGAAGGAAGAAGAGAAAAGGAGGAAAGAAGAAGAAAAACGAGGCGCUCGUCAAAAGCACACGGCAAGUGUGUCCCCUCGUAAAGGCUUCUACGACGACCACGGCAACGACGAGGAUGCUUUCGACGAAGAUUCCCCCUUGCCGACGACCAGGCGUACCAUCACCAUCUCCGAGAGUUCUAGAAACCCUCCUUCGCCUAGAAGGAGGGGGUUAGGGGACUCUCAGGUGGACGUCCAGGAAGACCUGGAUGAGCGAGCCGUGGCCAACGCCGAUGCCGCCUACUAUAUCAAGAUGGCCGCCUCCGCAGAGGCCAAAGGUUCAGUGGGUUCAAUGGCGCGCUGCAAGAACUGUGGGCGUUCCUUCGCGGCAGAUCGUCUGAAGAAGCACCAGAGCGCAUGCGCAACUGCGUCCAAGCCUAGGAAAGAGUUUGACGCGUCAAAGAAGAGAGUGGAGGGAACGGAAAUGGCCAAGUACACCGGAAAGUCCAAAAGAGAACCGCCG